AUGCAAAAUCAAACUUCACCUUGUGAUUACAAUCACUCCAGCAUUAACGUCAGGAAUUUCCCAAUGACUUGGAGCAAAGCUGAUCUUGAGUCUAUUUUCAGAAUUUCAGGAGAGAUCACUGAUGUAAAUAUCAUAGGUGAACGUGGCUAAUAAGGUUGGAGAGACUUUACCAAGUUCGCAAUCAUCUGCUUCAAAGAUAUCUAAUCUUCCCAGAGAGCUAUUUCAAAGUGGCAUGGAUCUGAAGUCCAAGGAGAUAAGCUUGUAGUUUAUGAUUUCAAGUGUUAUUAGAAGUACAGCGAAGAAUAGCGUUAACUUAGAUAUUAGAAUUAGUCAUUAACUUAAAAGCCUUAAAUAAUAAACAAAUCAGGCGAGGCUAAAAAUUUUGAAUUGGAUGUAAAAGUACAAUAUUUGGUAUCAAUGAAAGAGAUUUCAGGAUAAGAAACUCAAAGCCUUACCAAUUACUGUAAAGAGAAUUCAUCAAAUAAUUAGGGUACAAAUGUGGAAAUCGUCACUCUUACUACAGAAAAUAGUAUAGGACAACAAUAUCAUGUUUAAUAAUAGAUAGCUUUAUAGAGCGGAGAAUGUUUACUGACCAAAUUACCCAACAUAAACAUUAAUCUAAAGGAUGUUAAAAUCUAAGCAGUAGAACCUUAAUUAAGUAUAGUCAACCAGUAAAAAUAACUUGCAUUUUGA